UGCAGCAGCAUCCUGAACCCAACUCCUUUCAUCUCUGCCCGUAAAAGCUACUGUGGCACUCUACUUUCAUCUCUCCCCCUAGAGUGGUAGUCUCCAACAAGAAUUCAACCAUUUUGCUCGCCAAAAUUCAGUAAUGUCCGCUCUAUCAGCAUUGAGGUACCGCUUCAACUCCCUAACUCAAACCCUAACCGUUGUGAACCAAUCCCUCAAUCACCAUACCCAGUCUUCCAUUCUAGUUCCAACUUUCAUUCUAUGUUCACAAUUUUCCUCAAAGCAGCAAAGUAAUGACAGAAAUGAGGACAAGAACGAUGUUGUAUCGCUCUUCAACAGAGACCCAACCAGCCCCCCUCGGCUUUUCGUGGUCCAGCCUCGCCUCCGCCCCGAUACUUUCCUUCAAGCCAAGCUCAACGAGGCUCUCUGCCUCGCCAAUUCCCUCGAGGAACAGCGUGAGGGCUACUUUGAGACUGAUUUCUUCGACAAGGCCUUGCCUCCUCAUAUAGUCGUUCAAAACCCAAUACUCCGUUCCUCCAGAGCUCGCGCAGACACAUAUUUUGGUCCAGGGACAGUGGAAACCAUCAAAUGUCAUCUAUAUACAUCGGAGUCCAAGGGUGAAGUGGAUGCUGUGUUUGUAAAUUCUAUUCUGAGUGGGAUUCAACAACGAAAUUUGGAGCGUGCAUGGGGCAAACCUGUGUUGGACCGUGUUGGCCUUAUAAUAGAGAUUUUUAAUGCUCAUGCCUAUACGAAGGAGGCAAAGCUACAGUCUGAAUUGGCUGCGCUCAUGUAUAAGAAAAGUAGGCUUGUUCGCGUACGAGGCCCUGAUGGACGCUAUACAUUUGGGACAACUGGAGAAGCUGAAGUUGUAAGUGCCCGAGGGAGGGGAAGUGGAGGACGUGGCUUCAUUAGUGGUGCUGGAGAAACGGAACUCCAAUUGCAACGGCGAAGAAUAUUAGAAAGACGCAACCAUUUGUUAUCCCAAAUUGAAGAGGUUCGUCGAACUCGAGCUUUACAACGUGCUGCUCGCAAGAGGCAUGGUGGAUCACAUAAUAAAGGUUUAGCCACUGUUGCUGUUGUAGGGUACACAAACGCUGGAAAGUCUACAUUGGUCAGUGCGCUCUCAGAGAGUGAUCUUUAUAGUGAUUCUCGAUUGUUUGCAACACUGGAUCCAAGACUGAAAAGCGUUAUUCUUCCUUCAGGGAGGAAAGUGCUUCUUAGUGAUACUGUGGGAUUUAUAUCAGAUUUGCCUGUGCAGUUAGUGGAAGCAUUUCAUGCAACCCUGGAAGAAUUAGUGGAAGCAGACCUUCUUGUGCAUGUGAUAGACUGCACUGCUCCUAAUCUCGAUGAACAUCGCACAACAGUGUUGCAAGUUCUUCAGCAAAUAGGAGUGUCAGAAGAGAAACUCCAGAGUAUGAUUGAAGUCUGGAAUAAGAUUGAUUAUGAAGAGGGAGACAUGAGUGAUGAUGAACCCCUAGAUGAUGGUGAUGAAGAUGAUAUUGCAUCUGAGAUAUCAUCAGGACUAGAAGAUGACAAGGCCAAUAGUUCUUUAGCAGUGGAAUGUAGUGAAGGGGAUUUUGAAGAGACGAUAGAUAACAUUCAAGACAAUUGCUCUGAUGGCUGGCUGUUGUCAGGAGAUGACCAAGAGAACGUGGGUGACCAUUGGUUGAAGAGUCUGGAUGACCAACGAGGUGAGACCUUAAAUAACUCAGGGACAGAAACAAAGUUGCAAUCUCAAGCUGGUCCCCAUGUCCAAAUAUCUGCUAUAACAGGAGUUGGCUUGCAAGAAUUGCUGGAACUCAUUGAUGAAAGGCUAAAGACUCAGGAUGAGACACUAAAGGCCCAGAAUGUAGUGGAAAGGGGUUUCUUUGAUAGAAAAUGGAGGCCAUCACAUGCAGAUGAUGCUGGUAUGGCAGUUGAACAGUAACAAACGUAUAUGGUCUGAUCAUCUUUGUUAUUGUUUCAGAUUAUAUGUAAGCUAGAUGAAAGGUAUAAUGGAAUGGGUGUUGGUCUACUUCAGAGACUUGUCUUCUAGUGCUUAAACAUUUGUUCUCAUGAAGCAUGCAACUGUAUAGGAGAGAAAUAUGUCCUUGAAGGGACUAGAAUUGUUGAUGCUUAUGAAGUUGAAAAGGCUACAGGGACGAAGGUUACUGCAUUCGAGAUGAUGAUGGAGCCAAUCAUUCUGAGGAAGAAACAUAAGAGCACUGAUAUUUGUGGUAUAAGAAAAGGAUGAUGAUUGUUAUUGUAGGUGAAUGUAGUGUUACUACCACUUUUGAUAUGAGUAUCUAUCUCAACAGUCAACACUUGAGUAUCUCAAUAAUCAGGAGAUUUCUGAUUCUUACUCCCUGUUGUUUCAAUUUUCAAGCACCAUAAGCAAGUCGGCCUAAAUUGGUAACUUGGGGAAUGUGGAAGGAAUGAUGUGGUUAUCUUUUUUGUGUUGGGAAGGAUAAAGCAAGAAUUUUGAACUCCAAAUCUUGCUAGCUAUGAAUUUUCCCUUGGGCAUUAUUGAGGUAUAUAGUUAUGGAUUUCUGGAAUCAGCUCAAAUUGCAUGAUUCAUCAAAAUGAUCUCUUCCAAAUACUAGGUCAAUAUCAAACAUGCUUAGUUUUGAUCAAAAGAUGAGUUUGCUUGUUGUGUCGACUCCCUACUAUUGGCUGCUUUGUUGUGGCAUCUCAUCCUCUCACUGCUACUGUGGUUAUCGUAGCUGAUGCUUUGCUCUCGUUGGUUUUUAGCUUUUAAUUUGUCAUGAAAAUAUUUAAAUAGGUUUUAGUUUGUGAAUUUAUGGAUUAGUUUGUAAAUUUGUUGAUUUAGUUUAUAGAUUUUAAUGAUUUUAUUAUUGUGAUUUUGUCAUGCGUCUUGAUAAAAUUGAAGGUAAUGAUUAAUGAAUGAGAGGAACUGCUUAACUAAAGAUUGGGUGAGGGCUGGGAGAGUUGGUCUCUACUUCCCCACCUCUGGGCGGGACUGCAAAUAGUCUCUGGGUUGUGUUGUUUUGUUUCCAAAUCAAGGAUGGAUUGGAGAGGAGCUUUUGUGGAUCUACUUUGGGCUUGCUGCACAGGACUAGUCACGUAGCUUGUGCCUGUUUGGUUGGAGUCGUCUUGCAAGUGAAAUGCGAUGGCAGCGUGGAUUCCAAAUUUGGUUCUGAUAAAUGUCUAAUAUUGCCUGGUGGGUUGAUUUGUAUAAAAGGGAAACAAACUCUGUAAUUUGGUAUGGUUAAUGUCAAUGAAGUCUUGAUCUUCUCUUUGUUCA